CGAUUUAGUAAAGCUAGCAAAAUAAAAAAUAAUAAUUCAACACUUGGCUGGUUAGCACCAGAAUUACUAAAUUUACUGGACAACGGAGAUAGCGAUAUAAUUCCAACCGUCAAGAGCAACGUCUUUGCCCUAGGACUUGUGUUUGGAUAUUACCUGUUGAGCGGCCAACAUCUUUUCGGAUCUCUCACUGAAAUAGUCUAUAACAUAAGGGAAAAAAACCAGUCAACCUACAAAAAAUCCAGGACCUGGCAAUACAAGACCUAAUCAAGAAAAUAUUGGAGCCCAAUCCCGAAAAACGAAUGACAUCGUCGGAUGUCGCUAAAGAAUUAGAACACAUCAGGGCGAAGGACAGGCCAUACCAACGCGUCACCUCAGUGGCAGAUGAUAAUACUUCAAAUUUGAAACAAAUCAAAGUUGAUUUCAAAAAUGAAUUGGGAAGAGGAGGUUAUGGCAAAGUUUUCCAAGGCGAGUGGAAUAACAUUCAAGUGGCGGUCAAACGAAUUCCUUUAUCCAAAGUCGAAAGUAACAAACGAGAGGAAGAAGCCUUGCAAAUGCUCAAUCAUCCGAACGUUAUCAAACUUUUCCACACAGAAAGUGACUCGGAGAAUAGAUAUUACGCCAUCGAAUUGUGCGUAGCUUCCCUGGACAAACUAUUUUUAAGUGAGACGGAUCCAAAAAAGUAUCGAGGACCAAUGCCCCGGGGGUUGGCAACUCAAAAUUUGGGUGUACGAGGAUUCAGAAUCUCAGAGAUUCCGAGAGAUUCUAGAGAUUCUGAGAGAUUCUACGAGAUUUCCUCGAGAUUCUGAAUCAAGUUUUCCCCAAAAUUCCGCUAGGGGCGCCACUAGUCCUUGGCCCAGUUUCUGUACAGAAGUAUGCACUAUGUUACGUAGUGGGCGUAGCUCCGUUUUGGCAUGCUCUAUACAGCUUAUAGACAUGUAGAUCGUAUUAUCUUUAAGAUAAUUUACUGAUAGGAAAAGGUGCUACAAUAGGUUUUGUAGUUUCAAGUAGAAUGAAGUAAUCUGAUAGUUAGAAAUUUGAUAGGUUUGAAUUAAAAGUCCAGAUUAUUAAUUUUAAAAUAAAAUAUACGGGGAAAAUUAACUUUAAUUGCUGGGAAUUAUUGGCAUAUUAUCAAUAAAGUUUUUUUAACCACAAAUUUUUCCAACCCCAUCUUACAUUCAUGAGCAGAUGAAAAAAUGUGUACGCCACCAUU